AUGGCUACCUCACCCUCCUCCGCCUCCGCCGCCGCCAAGGUCGACCCCGCCGUCUGGCGCGCCGUCGUCAGCUCCUCCGUCGAGAUCCCGCCGGUUGGCUCCCACGUCUACUACUUCCCGGAGGGCCACCUCGAGCACUCCGGCUCGCCCCCCUCCUCCCUCCGUAAUUACAGCUUUGCCCUCUCCCGCCCCUUCAUUCCCUGCCGCCUCCUCUCCGCCCGCUUCCUCGCCGACCCUCCCGCCGACCAGCUCUCCGUCCAGAUGCUCCUCCAACCCCUUGACCCACGCUCCUCCUCCUCCGCGGCCGCCGCCACCGCCGGCGUCCCCGACGAUGACGUGGUCUCGUUCGCGAAGGCCCUGACGCCCUCCGACGCCGGCGGCGGCGGCGGGUUCUCCAUCCCCAAGUUCUGCGCGGAGAUGAUCUUCCCGCCUCUGGAACAACCCUCCGGCCAGCGGCCGCCGAACCAGGGCUUGACCGUCCGGGACGCCCGCGGCCGCCCCUGGGAGUUCCGGCACAUCUACAGGGGCACCCCCCGGCGGCACCUUCUGAGCACUGGGUGGAGCCGGUUCGUUAAGGCCAAGCAGCUCGUGGCCGGAGACGUCGUCGUCUUCGUGGGCCGGCGCUCGACCGGCGAGGUCUUUGCCGGCGUGAGGAAGGCCAGGCGGUUCACCGGCGGCAGGGACGGUGAGCUUCGCGCCGGGGCCCGCGAGGCGGUCCGGAGGGCGGCGGCCGGGAUGGGUUUCGAGGUUGUCUACUAUCCGGAGUUGGGCUUCCCGGACUUCGUGGUGAGGGCAGAGAAGGUGAUGGAGGGGUUACGGGCCGGGUGGGCUCCCGGAAUGCGGCUGAGGAUGGCGGCCGACAGCGAUGACUUGGCACGGGCGACGUGGAUUCAGGGGACGGUGGUGGCUGCCACGUCAUCGUCGGGCAAUUGGCUCGGGUCCACGUGGCGCAUGCUUCAUGUAGUUUGGGAUGUACCCGAGAGCUUGUCGAGCCGAGUGUGUCCGUGGCAAGUCGAACUCAUCUCGUCAACCGGUCUGCAUAUUUUCCCGCCACUACCCAAGAGGCUCAAAUUGAGGCAUGACAGCUCAUAUAUUCCAUUACUCGGUGGCACACAGGGAGCCAGGCGGGAUCACGUGCGCAGGAUCGGGAAGACAUCAUGUGACCUAAGGGUGAAUGAGCAUCAGGGUCUUGGCCCGCCACCUGUCUCGACGGUCCUGAAGCUCGGGAGGUCGUGCCAGAGCGUUUUGCCGCCGGUCGUGCGUAUGUGUGGUGGUGAUCUUCAGGCUGGCUGCAGUUCGGCUUUCCGGUUGUUCGGAAAGGUUAUUGAGACGCGGGCAGGGUUCGGUGGUUGUAGUGGUUCCAACUGCAUUGUGAGUUGUACGUGUGGUUCGGAUUGA